AUGGCGUCUUCUCAGAGUCUGUUGAGUUUCAAGGAUGUGGCCAUCAAUUUCUCCAAAGAGGAAUGGGGAUUCCUGAAUACAUCUCAGAGGGAUUUGUAUAGAGAUGUCAUGUUGGAGAAUUAUAGCAACCUGGUUUCUGUCG